AUGCCAGCAACCAACCAGGGCUGGCCCGAGGCCUUCGGCUUCAAGAUAACGGGGACUGGUCCAUGCUACAUCCUCUGGGUGCAGGAGGGCAGCAGCGCAGCGGCAGCAGGGCUGCGGCCGGGGGACGAGGUGCUGGAGAUCGAGGGGCAGCCUGUGUCCUCCAUGGGCUACGAGGCACUGCUGGCACUGGCCCGGCGCUGCCCCAAUGUGCCCCCCAGCAUCGGGGUGGUGUCGCGCCUGCAGCACCUCCACAUCCCCCCCGCUCCAUGGGGAUGCUUUGGCUUCGAGCUGGCAAGCGGCAGCCCCCCAACAGUGGCUGGGGUCAGCCCGGACUCUGCGGCUGCUGCCUGCGGGAUGGAGCCGGGGGAUCUGGUGCUGGAAGUCAAUGGGAUGCCGGUGAUGCUGCCCGAGGCGGUCGCUGCCUUAAUGGGGUCCUGCCAUGGGCACCCCCUGCGGUUGGGGCUGCUGCGGACACAGCACGGGGCUGGGACACAGGACCCCAUCCCCAGCACUGAUGCCGUGCGCCAGGAGAGGAGGCAGAAAGCCCAGGAGUUCAGCAGGAAGGUGGAUGCCAUCCUUGGUGACCAGCCAGAGGUGAAGGAGAAGGUGUUCACUGUCCUGAAGCAAUACGCAGCAGAGCGGAAGGUGGAAUACUUGGCCUAUGCCCUCUGCAUGGUCCUCACCCAGGAGUCCCAUCAGGAUCUCAUUGACAGCAUCAGGAUCUUCAUCCCCAAGAAGCACCGGCAGCGCUUUGACGAGGUGGUGUCGCAGAGCCUCAUCAGCAAGCUCUGCCGCUCCAAGAGCCAGCAGCACAGCCACCGCCUGCGGCGCAGCCGGAGCGAGGACCACCACGAGCGGCUCCUGGUGUCCACCCGGGCCAGCUCCGUGCCCCGCAGCCACGAGGAGCUCAGCAAGAGCCUGCGCAAGUCCACCUCGCUCCUCACCAGCAAUGUGGCCUCGGGGGCUGCCCGCAGAACUGUGCGAGUCUAUAAAGGCAACAGAAGCUUCGGCUUCACGCUGCGUGGCCAUGCCCCGGUGUGGAUCGAGUCUGUGCUGCCAGGGAGCCCAGCAGAGAAGGCUGCUCUCAAGGCUGGAGACCGGAUCCUAUUCCUCAAUGGCUUGGAUAUGAGGAACUGCUCCCAUGACAAGGUGGUAUCGAUGCUGCAGGGCAGUGGGGCGAUGCCCACCUUGGUGGUGGAAGAGGGGAUCGUCAACUUCUCCAAUGACUCGGACGCUGCCGACCCCCCGAGCAGCUCCUCCGCGCUCACCUCCCUGCAGUGGGUGGCAGAGAUCCUCCCCUCUAGCAUCAAGAUCCAAGGACGGACCUUCACGCAGCAGCUGGAGCAUCUGCUGACCCCCCCCGAGCGCUAUUCCGUCUGCAAGGCGCUGGAAGGCUUCUUCCAACAUCGGAACAUUGACACCCUCAUUGUGGAUGUGUACCCGGUGCUGGACACACCGGCCAAGCAAGUCCUCUGGCAGUUUGUCUACCAGCUGCUGACCUAUGAGGAGCAGGAGCACUGCCAGCAAAAGAUUGCCAGGUUUCUGGGUUACAAGUCCUUGGAAGGUGAGAGGAAAGUCCCUGCACUCCAACAUGGAUCGGAGCCGGAGGCAGAGGAGCGGUACCGCAGCUCCGUGCGAGGAGCAUCUGUGUGCAGGGGAAGCCUCCGGACCCCCCGCCCCGAGGAUGGGGCCGCAGGUGGCCCUAGUGACACUGUGGAGGUCCCGGUUCGGUUGAUCCCUGGGGAAAGACAAGCUGGAGAUGGCACAUCCCUGCCGGAGACACCCAACCCCAAAAUGAUGUCGGCUGUGUAUGCAGAGCUGGAAAACCGCCUGCUCAGCAGCUUUGCUGGCAAGAAGGGGAGCACUGCCCUGCACAGAGCAUCACCUCCUGCCCCGGAGCUGCCGCAUGCUACAGGCUCCCGCAAGUCAGUGAUCUCCUGGCCCAGCGACCCAGUGUCAUCCCAGCAGUGCUACUACCGGCUGCACAGCAGUGUGGCCUCCCCGACCAGCACCGAGUCCAACCCCUACGUCAGCCUGGACAGCAGCCCGGCCCCAUCGCCCCAGCACCGGCACUAUGUACCCAGCCCUAUGUCGCGACGGAAGAAGCUCUUCACCUUCUCCAGGCCCCCGCGCAGCCGUGACACCGACCGCUUCCUGGAUGCCCUCAGUGAGCAGCUGGGGCACCGGGUCACCAUCGUGGAUGACUUCCUCACCCCGGAGAAUGACUAUGAGGAGAUGAGUUUCCACGACGACCAGGGCAGCUUCGUCACCAACGAUGUCAGCAGCAGCGAGUACAUCAGCAGCAGUGACGAGGGCAGCUCCCUCACCUACUCCACGCUGUCGGACCACAUCCCCCCCCCUCCGCUCAGCCCCCCCCCUCCGCCACCCCCCAUGCAGUUCCAUGACUCCCAGUCUGGCCCCACCAAAGCCGAUGCCACAAAGACGGUGCCAGCACCGGCCCCCAAGUCCCUACUGAGCCACCUGCAGCCCAUCCCACCCCCCCCCCCCCCCCCCCCCCCCCCCCCGGUGCCCUGUGCCCCCCCCCUGCACCGCGGGCUCCUGCAUCGCCGCAGUGAGUCCAACCACAUGAGUGUGAAGAGGCUGCGGUGGGAGCAGGUCGAGAACUCGGAAGGGACCAUCUGGGGGCAGCUCGGGGAGGACUCCGACUACGACAAGCUCAGUGACAUGGUCAAAUACCUCGACCUGGAGCUGCACUUCGGGACGCAGAAGCCUACCAAGCCAACUCUCAUGCCUGAGAACUUUAAAAAGAAAGACGUGGUUGAGAUUUUGUCCCACAAAAAGGCCUACAACACAUCCAUCCUCAUAGCCCACCUCAAGCUCUCGCACAUGGAGCUGCGCCAGAUCCUCAUGACGAUGGAGACGGACCGGCUGGAGCCUUCCCACAUCAAGCAGCUCCUGCUGUAUGCACCGGAUGGGGAGGAAGUGCAGCGCUUCCAGAGCUACAAGGAGAGCCCUGGGAAGCUGAGUGAGCCUGACCAGUUUGUGCUGCAGAUGCUGUCAGUGCCAGAGUACAAGAUCCGCCUGCGCAGCCUGCACUUCAAGUGCACUCUGCAGGAGAAGACAGAGGAGAUCAAGGCGAGCUACGAGUGCAUCUGCAAGGCCUCUCUGGAGCUCAAGAGCAGCAAGAAGCUGGCCAAGAUCCUGGAGUUUGUGCUGGCAAUGGGGAAUUACCUGAACAAUGGGCAGCCCAGGACCAGCAAAACCACGGGCUUCAAAAUCAACUUUCUCACUGAGCUGAACACAACCAAGACGGUUGAUGGGAAAUCCACCUUCCUGCACAUCCUCGCCAAGUCACUCAGCCAACACUUCCCAGAGCUCCUGGGCUUUGCCAAGGAUCUUCCCACAGUGCCGCUCGCUGCCAAAGUGAAUCAGAGGACGCUCACAGCCGACCUAAAGGACAUGCACACCACUGUCAGUGACAUACAGAUGGCCUGUCACAACAUGCCAGCGACAGCGGAGGACAGGUUUGCUGUUGUGAUGGCUUCCUUCCUGGAGAGUGCCCAGCCUGCCAUGCGCUCCCUGGAUGAGCUGCAGCACAAGGCUAUGGAGGAGUUCAGUAAGGUGCUGUCCUUCUUCGGGGAGGACUCCAAAAUGACGACUUCAGAGGCUUUCUUUGGCAUUUUUGCAGAGUUCAUGAGCAAGUUUGAGCGGGCACUCAGUGAUGUGCAGGUCGGCGAGAGCCAGCGCAGCCCCCGGAUGACAUCCCCCCUGGCCUGGUGA